CUAGUCCAAAUUAAGUCGAUGGUGGGAAAAUGGUGGUAGUCGGUCAAACGGCGCCUUGUUGGCCGUAAGGCCACUAACAGGAUUUCCUCGUAGGGAGGUCUUCCAUUUCCCGUGUAAACAGGCUCGUUAGCCCUAAAAAGAGCGGACAGAUGAUGAACAACGUCACCAGUUAACCCUUCUGUUAAAUUCAAGAAAGUUUACGUGCAUAGAGUGUUGGGUGUCGAGUCUGUCUAGGUUCGCAGCCACUCGGUUGGGCAAUUCGUUUUGUUAUAGCAAAGCUCUCGUCAUGUAGAGAAUGUAUGUAUUUGAGCGUACCAGGCAUUUUAUCAGCGUGAAUAGUAGAUUAUUCUUUAACGUAGGGAAGCAUUAUGACUAGCGCACUGCCAGUCAACGGUUACAUAAACCCAACGAGUGGUCAACCAGCUCUUGCUGAACAAACGACUGGCGGAGGAGUCGUUUCCUUAGACAAAAGUAAAGAAUGGCAAAUGGAACUGCUAAUGGAGAAACUCCGCUCAAAGGCUUCGACAUUUAAGUCUCUUGUUGAAACUGCCAAAAACAUUCGUAUGGCAAUGUUGGAUAAGAGAUUUGGCAUUGAUAGCGUUGAGAAAAAUCAGCUUCAAAAAUGUUUAGACGCAUUGCAACACUCGAUCAAAGUAACAUCGUUACAAUCAAUGAUCGAACGAUUGGAAAGUCUUUCGCGUCAAUUAGGAUUAAAAUUUAUGAUGUCCGGACCUCCAUCUGGUACUAGUACCGAACUGUUCAUAUCCUCUGACAUGUUUUUCUUAGAAGUAUUAUUAGAACCAUCUGGUGCGAUAAAGGAUGUAAAGAUUCAUCAUGAAGGCAAAGCUGAACAACAAAGUUGUGAAGAAUUAGUUGCGUGUCUCUCUCGAGGAGAUUUUGUUGAUUUUACAAUGCAGCUUGAAGGUUUAGCAUCAAUUUAUCAAUUAAAUGCAGAUAAAAAAGUUAAAUGUAAGGCAUUCAGUGCUCUACAAUCUCUAGAAACUGAUUUAGGAAUUCUUGCUCAGUUACAAACAUUUAUAAAAGAACCAUUUAAUAUUGUACAUAAAAGUCCUGUUGGAAUUCUUGAAAGGAGGAAAGGUGGUCAUGCUAUGAAAUUAACAUAUUUCGUAUCUCCUUAUGAUUUAAUAGAUCAAGAAAAUAAAAGCUGUGAAGUUCUAAGCUUAGAGGCUGUGAUAUCUAAAAAUGUUGGACAUUCCGUAACAGUUUGUAUGGAAGGCUCUACAGCUCACAAAUUACCAACAUCGAGUAUCAUUACUGUAAAUAGAGGUUCUUCUGGAAAAAGUACACCGUCGUAUGGUCCUUUAACAAGUGCAAAUUCUUCGAUGUUACCUGCAUGUUUCGUUUUGAAAUUAGCUAAAAAAAUGCCUAUGUGCGUAGAAUUAAUAAGAAGAAUACAGAAAGUCACAGAUCUCGAAUGUACUGAUAUAUCGACAGCUUGUCCACUUCUAAGUAUGAUUGUUCAACAUGCAAGUGAUAAACAAUUAGAUUGUCAAAACAAUAGAGGACUUCCAGUUAGUCUUCCAGACCAGCAGCAUUGUUACUUCAUGACAGAAAAUAGAAAUAUGGAAGGAGUGUUAGUGGGUAGUAUACCAUUCACUCAUCCAGCACAUGUUCCGCAAAUUUUAGUUUUCUUACGUCAGCAAGCACUGUUUAAUAGUUUAAUUUCAAGUUGUGUAAGAACAAUGGCGAGACAAGAUCUUGAACAUACAACUAUUUUUGAAAUUAGCGCUUUGUCUUGGCAAUGUAUAUCCAUUAGCUUGGAACAUCCUUUCGAAGAAACUUUGGCAACUGCCGAGUUAGAUCUAUUAGAUAUUUCUGCCUUGAAAUGUAAACUCUACGGUGUCAGUAUAACUAAUACAGAACAAACAUCGGACCUUGCAGGAAAGGUAUUACAACGAUGCUUAAGCAUUCCAUUAACUAUGCGCACUUUAAUUAAAACUUGGGAAGGGCGAACGUUCACGUUAAAUCCCAUAAGUGGAGGAAAUAAUAGUUUCAACAAUAAUCUGGGAACUGGCAGAGAGCAAAAUAAUCACAAUGGUUCAAAUAUAUCCGAAUUCGGUAAUGAAGAUAUUAAAAUCAAACAAGAGCCAGGCACAAUGAAUGGCAUGGGUACAACAGGAAGACAACAGCAACAACAGCAGCAACAGCAACAGCAACAGCAAUCGCAACAACAAAAUCAACAACAGCAGCAGUCUUUUUUAGAUGCCGGAACGGAGAAUAGUAUCGGGUUUCCGUCAUUUUCCGGCUCAUCCGAUACACCUGCUGCAAUGCUUAAUCCUUUGCAACUGGGAGGGCUUUCCAGCACUUCCACGUCGUCGAAUGACAGUAAGAGCAAAAAAUCUCGCAAGCGAAAAACUGCGGACGGGUCAUGGAAAAGCCCAAAACGAAAAAACGAUCAGGAUUCCAAUGAGAUACUAUUAGAAAGCUCAAGCUCGGAUUCUACGCCACUAGGCACUCCGACAGGUGGAAAGGAGCUGAUUAAUGACACGCGCACACCAACGCCCACAUCGGCUACCAGCGUUAUGACCGGAGGCCCAGAUCCGUCGAAUCUCGAUCCAAUGGAUAUCCUCCACACCGAGAAAAACUCGGAUUAUGAUUUGGACAAUGAUACGGAAAUUAUGCAAGUCGAGCCGUUAGGGACGAGCGUCGAUGAAGCGUUAAAGCGAGAGAGAAAAUUUAAGAAACGCGUAGAGGAGAAGCCCAGUCCCACGAGCAUUUUUGAGGAUAACAAAACUCUUGUUUCUCCUUCCGUAAGCAUUACGCCCAUCUCGAGCAGUAGCUCCGGACAAAGCACCAAUUACAACUCCAUGUUGACGAGCAUGGGUUUGGAGAGGCGACCCGGCAUCGAAAUUAUACCCAUCACCUCGCUAUCGCAAACGCCUCUACCAAGCUCAAUUACCAUAACGGCUAUCUCGAAUCCGGCCUCCAAGUCGUCGGUAGGGGACGAUCGCAAGGAAAGAAAAAGUUCGAAAAAUCGUUCGAGUAGUAGCAUCGAGGACAAGAGCAAAUUAGAGAAAAAACGGAAGCGCAAGCGAGAGUCAAGCCCCAUGGGUCCGCCGGAAAAGCUGCCGCCAAAACAGGAUCCGCUAUCGAAGGCAGUCUCAGUUAGCAUAAAACCGACUUCCGAGACUCCAUCGAGUUCCCUUUCGUCCUCGUCCCGUCCUUCCUCGCCGGCUACGACCUUACGUAAGUUUAGCCCCUCACCGACUCGCGCAAAUCCGCUUGUCAUAGUCGGCAAGACGAAUUCAACGACGUUGAAACAGUCUCUGAGUAGUAGUUCUGGGAAUAAACCGGUGCCAAGCCCAAAGCACUCACCGGCUUACAGUAGCCCCAAGCACAUGACAACGGUGACGAACAGCAGUAUAAGCCCGAAGCAUGGAACCUCUUCUCCAAAACACGGCAAUUCGGGCAGUGCUGGCAAACCGAGCAUGUCCGCUCUCAAAUCCGCAACUAACUCACCAUCUGGCAAGGGUGACUCUGCUGGCACCUCCAAGACCAAGAUAUCUCUAGGCCCGUCGACCUCAUCACCCUCCUCCUCGGCCGUCGCCUUAACAACACUCUCCUCGUCCGGUUCCUCGUGUUCUUCCACUUCUUCCUCUUCGUCCUCAUCCUCAUCAUCCUCUUCCUCCUCAUCGUCAUCGUCCUCGUCCUCCUCCUCGUCCUCCUCUUCAUCCUCCUCUUCCUCAUCCUCGUCUUCGUCAUCCUCUUCUUCCUCUUGCUCCUCCUCAGCCUCGUCCCUGAGUAACAAAGAGUCACGGGAAAAGGAGCGCAAGACCUCGAUGAUAUUUGGUAGUGGUAACAGUGGCGGUGGAGGUGGAGGUGGCAGCGGCAGCGUGGGCGGUAAUACUGGUGCUGGUGGUGGUAGCUCGGGACAUCAGAGUCCGAAAUCUAAGAGUUCAACGUCGAAGCCAAAGUCCAUCGAUGCAGAGCAGCAAGUAGCCCUGACGGCAGGUCCUGGCGGGGGCAGUACGACUCCACCCUCGGAUCCUAAUAAAUCUCUCGCUAAUCAGCAGCAGGUAAGAAAUCGCAAGGGCUCUCUCAGCGCGGUCAUAGAUAAGUUGAAGAACGCACAACACUGCACGGAUGACAGCCCAAGCUCUGGAGCAAACUUGACGCCCGGCACGACCAGUACUUCGACUAACCCCGCUGGAAAGAACCCAUCAGCCGAAGUAAAGAAUCCAACGGAGUAUAUGGUGAAACCGAGCUCCGACGGCAUGAAGCUCACAAUCAACAAAACCAGAACCAAAGAUCUCAAGGCCAACAACAGCAGCCUUAAACUUUCGUCAGCUUCUAUGAGCAGCUCAAGUGGAAUUGGUUCUGGCGGCGGUUUGCCCCCUUCGAGCUCGUCAUCUGGAAAUGGAUCACCCAAGACUUACACAGGAUUAAAGCCUGGCGUUAUUUCUGGUCCCGCUUCGAGGAAGACGCAAACGCAGACAUCGCCGAAGGUUCGCUCGAAUUCACCAUUAACCUCGAACAGCAGCCUAAGUGGUAGUUCCGGAAGCAGUAAGACCAGUCUCAUGUCCGGUCAAAAGAUCUCGAGUGGAGGAAUGAAAUCAGGAUCGAGUUCGAGUCUACUUAGUGGAGGACUCUCAAAGAGCACCUCGAACAAAUCCUUUUCAUCGUCCUCUGCCGGUGGCUCGAUGAAACAGAGCUCCAUCGCUGCAGAUUUGGGUCGCAUGAGGGACAAAUCGAGAUUCAAGUCUGGAGAUAAGUCCUUUGCGAACAAAACUGGCGAUCCGAGGAAAUCAAGCCCCUCGACGAUGGAAAGCGACGGCGAAAAGGCAUUCAAACUGCUCGCUGCCCACGCCUCUUCUAUGAGUAGCAUCCCGAACCUCCCCGGACUGCCGGCCCAGCUCGUCGUUGAGGGACUAAUUAAGCAACUCGACACGAAUUUCCAGAUACCGAAGCUUUCAGCACGGAUGAACGCGGAUAAUGCCGACAAACGUUCUAUCGACAAAGUAGACUCGAGCUCGAAAUCAGGCUACGACAAGUCGUCUACCGAUACAUCAAGCAGAUCUUCUCAGAUGCUGUCCAAUGCGUCCAUGUCGUCAUCGUCGGGUGCAUCGAAACACGAUGACGGCCAUGGAUCCAUCGGUCACAGCUCUUCCAACUCAAUUGUUGGCUACGGCUCGGGUAGCGGCUCUAGCGGAUCGACCUCGAGUUCCUCAGUUAAUGCGAUGAAUACUCACGAGUUGGAUUUGCCAACAAAUCUAUCGAUGCAGCCGGAUGAAAAUACGAGCAUGAAAGUAGACUUAAGUGGCAGUAGAUCCUAUAUGAAUACAGGUAGCGAAACGGUGUCCAAAGAAAAUCUUGAUUCACUAGUUGCAGCUAAGCAAUCUUCGUACAGUAUAAACAGUGACUCCGUCGGUAAUUUGGAAAGCUUAAAUCUCGUUACAAAAGGGGCAGAAAAGUAUAAGAUAUCCGAUGAAAAAGAGCAACAGCAACAGCAACAUCAACAUCCAUCCUUUCAUCGAGUUUCUCACCCGGACAAAAAAUUGGUGGACUCAAUUGCCACAACCUCGUCUGGUGUAAAUAUGACUCCUUUACCACCAACGGCUUCAUCGACAACGCCUGGUAAGACCAGCUCCCAAGAAGCAGCAGAAAUGUUGCUGGAUUUUUCUACGCCGAAGGAAUCUGGAAGUGGCAGCAAUCCUCCGAUAAAGAGUUCGAUGUCUUUUGCUACAUCCUUGUCACCCAUUCGAAAAAAUACAACACCACCACCGCCUCCGCCCCCACCACCUCCACUUCCACCACCGCCUCCACCAUCGUCAGCGACGGUCCCAACCGUUUUGACAUCAGUAGCAACCUCCGUAUCACCGAUUUCAAACUUUCCUCAGAGCCCAUCCGUGAGCGUACACAUCGUAAAGAGUCCAGCCCCUUCGCCCAGAGUUAUCCCUUUAUCACCGCACUCUGCUUCACCCUGCAUCACUGACGAUGAACUUAUGGAUGAAGCUCUUGUUGGUUCAUGAAAAUGCGGACUUGCAGAGUACAAUUGUCAUUCGAUACACUUUAUUAUAAUUGAAAAAGAUCGUUAUAUUAUCAAACCAAAUUAAAGAAGAAUUAUAUUUUUAAUCUAUAAUAUUCUAUGCAAACUGUAUAUUAGCAUUUACAAAUAGUAAAAAUUACA